UGCACAGUAGGCACUAGGCAGCACAGGCCACAGGCAGAGAGGCACAGGGGCACUAGCACUACGGAGUACCUGGCAACUGGGAGUCAGAGGCUAGCCGUGCACACACCGUGUUCCAUUUUUACACCACCUAGACUACACAGUAUCCCUCCCCACCUCGACCUGGCCCCAAAACUCCAUCGCGGGAAAAUUCAUCAGCCGUUGCGACAACCCAAAGCCAACUGGUGUUUGACAGCUGCUCCAGUCUUCCAGCCCCGUCACCGUCAGCACCGAAGCCUUGCUCGCCUCCGACUGCAUCGCUUGGCCAGCUCUUGGACAACAACACGUCGCAUUUUUCGGCGUCGAAUACGAAAGGACUUCUUUGUCAAGGCACUUGAAGCUCCUCCCAGACCACGGUCUGCCUCUACCGCACAGCCUCCACGACGGCGUCAAUAACAGAACAGUACCAACAAAUAGGUCUACUGCAAGUAACAAACAACCACCAUCGAUAUUCAACCGCCCAGCAUGGCGUCCACUUUCGAGCAUCUGCGCGAGGCCGACCUCGAUGACGACGAGUACGAUGAGGAAGAAAUCGACAUCUCCGACCUGCGCGAGAAGUAUGAGGUCCAGCUCGACCAGGGCUACGACCACUUUGUCGUCAUCGACGGCCUGCCCGUCGUCAAUGAGGCCCAAAAGCCCAAGCUCGUCAAAUUCUUGCUCAAGAAGCUGAACUCGGUCGGCAAGACCCGGGAGGAUCAGAUCUACAUGCCCAUCGGCGAGAGCGGAAACUCUGAGAGGUUUGCCUUUGUCGAAUACUCCUCGGCCGCCGAGGCUGCUGCAGCCGUCCGACAGCUGGACCUGGUCCCCCUCGACAAGAAGCACACCCUCCGCGUCAACAAGCUGACAGACAUCGAGCGAUUCGGCCGAGAGGGAAGGAUAGAGGAGGAGUAUAAGGAGCCCCACAUCGAGCCUUUCCAGGAGCACGAGCAUCUGCGAUCCUUCCUGGCAGACCCUUCCGGCCGUGGCCGUGACCAGUUCGCCAUGUACCGUGGCGACACUGUCGGCAUUUUCUGGAACAACGACAAGGACGCCCCCGAGAACAUCGUGGACCGACAGUUCUGGACCGAGACCUUCGUGCAGUGGUCUCCCCUCGGUACUUACCUGACCUCGAUUCACGCGCUUGGUGUCCAGCUCUGGGGAGGUCCCAGCUGGGCCAGGCUGCGCAGGUUCGGCCAUCCUUACGUCAACCUAGUGGCCUACUCCCCUAACGAGAACUACCUUGUCACCUGGUCUGCACGGCCCAUCGCUCUUGGCGACGGCGAACACCCGACGCUGACGCGCGACGACGAAGGCAAGAACUACGUGAUCUGGGACAUCGCUACCGGCAAACCCCUCCGUUCCUUCGCCAACCUUGACACCCCUGAUGAGGGCCCCGGCAAGGCUCCGAAGUUCCCCUGGCCCGCGUUCAAGUGGUCGGCGGACGACAAGUAUGUCGCUCGUCUGAUCCCAGGACAGUCCAUCUCGGUCUACACCCUGCCCAGCAUGGGUCUCUUGGAUAAGACGACCGUCAAGAUUGAGGGAGUCAAGGACUUCGACUGGGCCCCCGCCACCCCCAAGCGUGAAGGCGUCAAGAACUACGAGCAGCUUUUCUGCUAUUGGACUCCUGAGAUCGGCAGCAGCCCGGCCAAGGUCGGCCUCAUGAGCAUUCCCUCGAAGCAGGUCGUUCGUUCCUUGAACCUGUUCAGCGUCUCCGACGCCAAGCUGCACUGGCAGUCCGAGGCGGCCUACAUCUGCGUCAAGGUCGACAGGCACUCCAAGUCCAAGAAGUCUCAGGCUACUACCCUCGAGAUCUUCCGUGUUAAGGAAAAAGGUGUGCCAGUCGAGGUUGUCGACACUGUCAAGGAGACCGUGGUGAACUUCGCUUGGGAGCCCAAGGGCGACCGAUUCGUCAUUAUCACAGCCCCAGAGGCACCAGGAGCUACUGCCGUCGCCCCCAAGACCUCCGUGUCCUUCUUCUGCCCCGAAAAGGCCAAGGGUAACGCCGUUGGCAACUUCAAGCAUCUUCGCACCCUGGAGAAGAAGAACAGCAACGCCAUCUACUGGUCACCACGAGGCCGUUUCGUCGUCGUUGCUAGCGUUGCCAGCCAACAAAGCUCGGAACUCGAGUUCUUCGACCUUGACUUCGAGGGCGAGAAGCCAGAGUCUGACAAGGACCUGACGGCUAACCUCCAGCUCAUGAACACUGGUGAUCACUACGGUGUGACUGAUAUCGAGUGGGAUCCAUCUGGACGUUUCGUCGCCUCGUGGGCGUCGUCAUGGAAGCAUUCUAUGGAAAACGGCUACCAUAUCUACGAUUUCAGGGGAGAGACUCUCCGAGAGGAGCCCGUUGAUAAGUUCAAGCAGUGGUCAUGGCGCCCACGGCCUCCUACCCUGCUCACCAAGGAGGAACAGAAGCAGAUCCGCAAGAACCUCCGUGACUACUCGCGCGUCUUCGAGGAGGAGGAUGCUCAGCGCAUCACAGGUGCCAACCAGGAGGUCGUCGAGAGGAGGCGGCAGAUGCUGGAGGACUGGUUCUACUUCCGCGAGUCGAUCGAGGCCGAGGUUCGCGAGGAGCGCGAGGACCUCGGUGUGCCCGCCGACCCUGGUGCGGAGCUCAUCAAGCAGAAGAUGGCAGCGGAGGCGAUCGACGGCGAGAAGGAGGAGGUCAUCGAGGAGAUCGUCGAGGAAGUGCUCGAGGAGAGCGAGGAGGUCGUCUCUACCUAAGAAGGUCCCUCUGGGCGCCUGAGUACGUGUCGGAAGAGGGCCGCAGCCAUCUGGACAGAGCGACUGUCUCCCCUUUCUUGGACAGAUACAAGGGCAUCACGGAGCUGUUCGCUAGCGACAUUUACGCAUUUCAAAAGUUUGCCACUGGUGGCGUGGUUUACGCAGCGAGAAAUCUGGCGGGGAGGGUCCGAUAAUGCAAAAGAGGAGGCCGCAUGGUGUUUGCGAAAUAGAUGGGUGUGCCGGCGAACAAAAUCGGGGACGGCUGUGGAGCGUAGAAGGUGCAGUCGCAUAUUCAAUAUACCGCAGUUACAAAUUUACUUUUACCUUGAG